AUGCCAGAAAGCAACCCAGGAGCCGGCCAUGAGAGCCCAGCGAAGGAAGUCGGCUGGCUCAAGAGAGACGUCUUGCUCUUCGCAGCAAGCAUUGGCGCGACUGCUGACGAGCUGCACUACCUCUAUGAACUCCACCCCAACUUCGCCGUCUUCCCUACCUACCCCAUCAUCCUCCCCUUCAAGAACACCUCCCAGGAAGUAAUCGACUUCUACGCCGCCCAAGAUGCCGGCCGUCCUCAGAUCCCCGGCAUCCCCAAACUCGACAACAAGCGCGUCCUCGAUGGCGAGCGCAAGAUGUUCUUCUAUAGGCCACUGCCCGUCACCAGCGAGGGCCGGAAGUUCGAGUCAAGGAGCAAGGUGAUUGGUGUCUACGACAAGGGAAAGCCGGGUACCGUCCUUGAGACGCAGACCGAUAUCGUGGACGCACAGACUGGUGAAGUCUACACCACGGCUAUAGGCUCCGGCUUCUUUGUUGGACAGGGCAACUGGGGUGGACCCAAGGGACCAAAGACCGAAAGCUUCCCUCCACCACAGGGCAAGAAGCCUGAUGCUGUGUACGAGCAGCUUACAAACGACGAGACGGCUGCUCUGUACCGUCUCAACGGCGACUACAAUCCCCUCCACAUCGAUCCUGAGCCAGGCAAGAAGAUGGGCUUCGGGGGCGUGAUUAUCCACGGUCUAUACUCUUGGAACACGACCGCGCACGCGUUGGUCAAGGAGCUGGGCGGUGGUGACCCAGCGAGCAUCAAAGAGUACGCGUGCCGAUUCGCGUCGCCAGUCAAGCCAGGUGAUACUACGGUCACGGAGAUUUGGAGGACUGGGAAUAAGGACAGUGAGGGUUGGGAGGAUAUUCGAUUCCAGACUUCGGUCAAGGGUGGGAAGGUGUGUUUGAGCAAUGGACGGGCGAAGAUGAAGGUCAAGAGUGGCAACAGUAAGUUGUAG